AUGAUCUCCUCCAGAGUCGCUUCUCGCACCGCCCGCCAGACGGCGAUGCGCUCCACGCGCCUGCCCUACCGCCAGCCUGUUCGCUUCCAGUCGACCGCCUCCUCCUCCUCCUCCUCCUCCUCUGGUGGCCCCUCCUCCAGCGGACACCUCGCAGCUGGUCUGGCCGGCGGUGUCAUUGGCGCUGGCGUCUUCUACUCCCUCUACACCUUCACCCCCGCCGGACGCACUGCUUCCACCAUCAACAAGACCGCCAAGGAGGCGAACAAGAAGUACAACGAGGCUGCGCAGAAACUGCAGGAGAAGACCCCCAACGCCGACCAGGCCGUCGACUCGAUCAAGCAGUUUGCAUACUCCUACGUUGCCUGGAUCCCUGGAGGUCGCGCCUACGUGGACACUGCCUUUAAUGACUGGGAAAAGGUCCGCCAGAACCACAAGGAAGAGGCGGACAAGCUUGUUAGCGAUGCGUACAAGCAGUUUCAGGAUAUUGCCAAGUCCGGGCUGAGCCUCGAGACGGCGUCCAAGGCCUAUGAGGUUCUGGCUGGCCUCGCUAAGAAGGUCGCCGACCUCUCGGGUGAUGCCUUUGCCGACAUCCUCGACAACCACCCCCAGGUCAAGGAGAAGCUCGGCAGCAAUGUCGACCAGCUUAAGCGCAUGGGUGAUGAGUAUGGGCCCGAGGCUAAGAAGCAGGUGGACGAGACAUGGAGGCAGCUCAAGGACAUUGUCGCUGGUGGCGUCAGUGUCAGCAGCCUCGACAAGGCACGCCAGUUGAUUGACGACAAGGUCAAGCAGGUGAAGAAACUGGGUGACGAGGCCUGGAACAAGGCCUACGAGCAGGCCAAGCCUACCCUGGACAAAAACCCCAAGGUCAAGGAGAUUAUCGAGAACAACGCCGAUGCGCUGAAGCAGGGCAACGCCAAGGAGCUCUUCGAGAAGGCCAAGUCAUCCAUUGACUCGGGCAACGUCGACGACCUCAAGAAAUACGUCGACAGUGCCGUCAGCAAGGCCAAGGACACAGCCUCGACGGGUUCUGGCGGUGGCGUCUGGGGCGAGGUGGGGAAGUACGUCAAGAUGAUUCCGCAGGCCGACGAGAUCUUCCCCAAGCUCAAGCAGCUCAGCGAGGUGGCCGAGAACCACAAGGAGGAGGGCGAGAAACUGUUGCGUGAGACGGCUGAGGACCUCAAGAAGCUUCUCGAGGAGAAGUCGAAGAAGGGCGAGGAGAUUGUCGAGAAGGCCAAGAAGGACGCCAAAUGA